AUGAGUUUAGUGUGGAAUGUUUUCACCAAGUCUGAAUGUGGAUACAGGGCGACUUGUGAUAUGUGUUCUAAAAGUUUUUCAAACUUGGGUUCAAACACUACAAAUUUAUGGAACCAUAUCAAAAAAUCCCACAAAGGAAAGUAUAAUGAACUUGAUAAACAAAAACGAGGAACUGAAAAUUGUGAACUUGGACCGUCCGACAUGUUUGAUCUUUGUUCUAAAACGACAGAGACAAAACUACAUACAAAACAGACUGUGAUGACAUCAUUUACUUUGACACCGUCCAACAAACUUAAGCUAGAUAAAAUUCUUGCAUACUUUGUUGCUGUAGAUAUGAUGCCAUAUAAUAUAGUCGAAAAAGAAGGUUUCAAGUUUCUAUGUUUGGGUUGUCAAGAGCUUUCUGAAAGUCAUACAGGAGACAAUCUAGCAAGUGCUAUUCAGCUACAAUUAUUAGAAUACAAUUGUGAUAUUGAUGCUAGCAUUGGAGCCAUAUCAACAGACUAUGGUGCGAAUGUACUGAAAGCUGUUGACAACUUGAAAAUCCCACAUGUUCCUUGUUUUGGACACAGUUUUAACACAGCAGUCAAAAACAUAUUUGAGUUGGAUGAAGUUAAAGUUUCCAUUAACAAUGUCAGGGCAAUACAAAAUAUUUUUGCAUACAGCUGGAAGGCAGUUAAGGAGAUGGCUAUAGAACAACAGCGAUAUGGGCUAAAAACUGUUAAGUUUCCAUCUUACUCAAAGACUAGAUGGUGGUAUUUAUUGGACCUCAUAGAAGUAGUUUUAUCCCAAGAACUUCCUAUAGCUUCAUCUUUGAGAACAUACAACAAAGGAGUGUAUAAAGAUAGAAUGGUCGAUGAACACCAAGUUGAAAUUCUAAAAACAGUUAUUUCAACAUUGAGUCCGAUUCGCAAAAUUUCUGAUAACUUAGCAGGCGAGUCUUAUGUUACAGCAUCAGCCAUAUUACCUGUAGUUAAUAUGAUUUGGAAAAAAAUAUUAGAAGUGGAUGAACAAGUAAUUACCGUAGAAAAUAGUGUUUGUGUAGUUUUGAAGAAAAAAAUGCUAGAAACAAUGAUGACUGUACUCACUAAUCGUUAUGGCAAUAAUAUUACAUUAAAAAUGUGUACUGCCUUGGAUCCACGGUUCAAAUUGGAUAGGAUUGAUAUUGAACAAACUUCAAUUGAUUUAGAAUCUUUCAAGGCAACUAUAAAAGAAGAAUGUAUACGUACAUGGCAGUAUUCUCUAUCAAAAUCAGAAUUAUGUUUAGAACUAUCUAUUGGUGAUAAAGUAGAAAAUGAGAUAAAUGGAUAUUUUAAUCUACCAAAAAUUGACUAUGAACUAAGCCCAAUUACAUGGUGGCAUCUAAAUGGAACAAUGUUUCCAUUUUUGAAAGUAAUGGCAAAUAAAUUGAUGUGUAUGCAAGCCACUAGCGUGGCGUCCGAAAGAGUGUUUAGCCGUGCAGGUAACAUAGUUACUGAUCAGAGGGCAUCACUUACUGAAGAUCAUUGUUCUCAACUGAUUUAUUUAUCGAUGAACAAAAAAUUUGUUCCAAAUGCUUUUAAUUUCUGA